AUGUCGCUGGAGUGCGGUACGCGCGUGCAAGUGGGCAGGUUAAGGCUCCUCCCCCCUAGCACUGACGUUGUCGUACAGCAGGCGAGCUUCGAUGCAUUCCCGCAUUAUUCCGCCGAGUGCAGUCUGCCAUCCACCCUCGACACUCUAUCUACAACGCUGGACCUGUCGCCCAACGAGAAGGAGACCCGCAAGGGCCUCCUGCGCCAGUCGUUCUUUGAACCCUUCAAGGACGAUGCGAGUGCCCUCGACGCCGACAGUCCCGAGGAAAUGCAAAAGCAAGAUCCACUGGCCACGCAGAUAUGGAAGCUCUAUCACAAGACCAAGGGCCAGCUGCCCAACUCUGAACGCCUCGAGAACCUCAGCUGGCGUAUGAUGUCCAUGAACCUGCGUAGGAAAGAACUCGAAAGGCAAGGUGGUAUUGCGCAGCUUCGCAAAUCCUCUGAGCAAGCGAGCCAAAACCAGUCCAAGACUGCGCAUGAAGAUCCCAUGAACCUGGACGAAUUCCUCGUCCCAUCAUCGAUAGGUACACCCGCAGGCGUAUCACCCACACCAUCAGGAAGUCUGGCCGAAGCAGAGCCCUCCUCCACAUCCACUUCUCUCUCCGCCAUUCCGAUCAAGCAGCACCAGCGCAUUCAGGCCGAGGAGUUGUCCCUUGCGCGAGCGUCUGCACCCUCCGUCCCACCGCUGGCCCAGGACCGCCAGCACUUUGAGUUCGGAUACGUACAGAAGCACGUGCGUAAGACAAGCAUUGACGAGCGAAGGCGACGAGCUGAAGCAUCCCCGCAAGUGCCGCCGGUCAACAAUAGCACCAUGGAGGCUUGCGACCAUGCUACUGGCCUUCAUGAUUACUCUCUUGACUCGCACGUCACUGCUGCUCCCCAAGCACAGCACCCACCCAUACCCUUCGACCUGGACACCUUCAACCUCGACAAUGACCCGAUUUUGGAUUCGGCCGGACCAAUGACGCAGAACUUCACAUUCUCUCCUGUAGGCUCGCCCAUGAUGUCUACGAGAGGCUUCAAUCAUCUCUACAGCACAGCUAUGCCACCACCGCAGAGUGCAUCAACUUUUCAGUCACCUUCUGGUUCCGCAUAUCCGUCUACCGCCUCCACUCCACAGCCCAUCCCAGAAGGCGAGCAGAUGUUCUUUGGCAACCAACUGCAUCCCACUCACUCAGUCCCGACAUUCCAGCAGCACCAUCAGCAAGCCCAACAUAAUAAUUCACAGCCGCAGUUUAUGUUCAAUCCCAGCAGCGACUCCAUGUUUAGCGCAAUCUCAGCAAGUGCACCGUCACACGGGUUUCAGCAACCUACCUUCCAAAUGCCUGGCCAUCUGGAUACUACUAAUAUCAUGCAUCAACACUUCCAGCCUUCAAGUAUGCCCAUGUCUAGACCUGAGGGCAUGUUCUCAUUCGGUGGAGAUGGUGACGAGGAAGACGACGACCAAACGUUCUCGGAUGGCAACUUCAUGAUGCCGCACGGUCUCUCGCCUGAAGACGCAAAUUUUGAUUUGCACGGUAGCUAUCACAUGUCAAACCAGUUUGGCUCGUCGAGUGCGCGAUUUGGUGGUUCGAGCAGGAAGGGCGUGCAGAUCGGAGGUGCUGAAAUGGUUCCGUCACCGCAAGGCUGGGACCACGGCGGAAUAAACAGAGGACAUGGGUCGGCGGCUUCAGUGAGCGAGAUCCGCAAUCGAGGAGGCGAUCCAAGAACUCGCAAAAUACCUCGCACGACAUCCACACCAAACACUGUGGGUAUGGCGACUGGCAUGUUCUCCAUCCGGACACAGUCAUCCCCUUCGUCACCGCCCGAGUCUGGCUUCAACUCUGCCGUUCCUUCACGACCUGGCAGUCCCAGACUUGGCGGCGACAACAGCGGGGUACCAACCACGUGCACCAAUUGCUUUACGCAGACUACACCUCUAUGGCGAAGGAAUCCGGAAGGACAUCCGUUGUGCAACGCGUGUGGUCUUUUUCUGAAGCUGCACGGCGUCGUGAGACCGCUUAGUCUGAAGACAGAUGUUAUCAAGAAGCGAAAUCGAGGAAGUGGCAACUCUGUCCCCGUCGGUACCUCGAGAUCGAAGAAAGCUGCCAGUCGGAAGAACUCUGUCGCGCAACCUGGCUCGGGUCAAGCAUCGUCGGGCAAGAACGUUGCGAACGAGUCGGAUUCGCCUAAGUCUGGAGGAGGCUCUCCUGCCAACACACCCACCAGCUCUGGACCAGCUGAGAAGCCCGUCAAGACGGUCGUGCCUAUCGCACCUGGUCCACCUAAGCCUGUGACACAAGCACCACAGAGCGCACCAACUCGACAAGUUGCACCAAGGCGCGCACGAAGGCAGAGCCGCGCCAGCAAUACACUGAAUCAGGGAGACGCUGAAAUGAUGGACGCAGACGAUGUGAUCAGCAAUCCUGGAAGCAAAGCAUACAGAGAUGACUCGCAAACUCCUCAAUUUGCUUCUAACACCACUGCCAUGAAACCAAACGUGCCCUCGAUGCACGCUCCGAUGGUUCCUGCAGGUGGCGGCCCUGUAGGAAAUCAAGCAGGAAACGGACAAUCGAACGGACCACCGCCUGGAAUCCCGCCGUCCAUGAUGACAGGACCACAGGAGUGGGAGUGGCUCACCAUGAGCUUGUAAGCUCCUCGAACCCCACGUCUAUCGUCUUUCCUGCCACCUAAAUGCUGGACCACGACCUUGAUGAAUUCUCGUCAGCGCUUUACUACUGGGAAUCCUCUUAUUUGACGACCGCGCUCUCCGAGCGCCCAUUUAGAAUGAUAUCCGGCCCUUCUCUGUUUCUUGCUCGAUACCCGAUACACGAAGCCCCCCGAUAGAGUGCGUGGAUAUUUGCGCAACCACGCAGAUGAUCCCAAUACUGGUUUGUACAUACCUUGUUUUGGUGGCUCUUUCUCAUCAUCACCAUCAUCACCCAUUUGGAUCUGGAAUGGAACUGUUCGAGACUACUGCUAGCGGAUCUGCGAUUUGGAUGCGUAUGUGUUUUGGUUUUAGGCUGGGGUGACAGCGCUGCGUCUCCUUAACGUAAUGAUCUAUGAGCUCGGAAUUUGGGGUGUUUUUGUGUGAUGAGACUAUGGGCGCUUGAACAUAGAUGGAAUUACGCUGCUAGCUAGCUAUGCUAGGAUCUAUUUAUGAGAGACGAACUGACCGACUUGAGCAG